UAUCUCUGUAUCACCAAACCCUUGCUGGCUCUUAUGGGCAUGAAACACUCCUCCCGCUGCCUGCUCCUAAGGAGGAAAAUGGCGGAGAACGCUGCCGAGAACACCGAGGUGAACAGUCCCCCACCGCAACCCCCUCAGCCCGUCGUCCCACCCAAGCCUGUGCAAUGUGUCCAUCAUGUGUCCACUCAACCCAGCUGCCCGGGACGGGGCAAGAUGUCCAAGCUGCUGAACCCAGAGGAGAUGACCUCGCGAGAUUAUUACUUCGACUCCUAUGCCCACUUUGGGAUCCACGAGGAAAUGCUGAAGGAUGAGGUGCGGACACUCACCUACCGGAACUCCAUGUAUCACAAUAAGCAUGUGUUCAAGGACAAAGUAGUGCUGGACGUUGGGAGUGGUACCGGGAUCCUUUCCAUGUUUGCUGCUAAAGCAGGAGCCAAGAAAGUGUUUGGGAUCGAAUGUUCCAGUAUUUCUGACUACUCAGAGAAGAUCAUUAAGGCCAACCACUUGGACAACAUCAUCACCAUAUUUAAGGGUAAAGUGGAAGAGGUGGAGCUGCCUGUGGAGAAGGUAGACAUCAUCAUCAGCGAGUGGAUGGGCUACUGUCUGUUCUAUGAGUCAAUGCUCAACACGGUCAUCUUUGCCAGGGACAAGUGGCUGAAACCCGGAGGGCUUAUGUUUCCAGACCGGGCAGCUUUGUACGUGGUAGCAAUUGAAGACAGACAGUACAAGGACUUCAAAAUCCACUGGUGGGAGAAUGUCUAUGGCUUUGAUAUGACCUGUAUCCGAGAUGUUGCCAUGAAGGAGCCCCUGGUGGACAUCGUGGAUCCAAAGCAAGUGGUGACCAAUGCCUGUUUAAUAAAGGAAGUGGACAUUUAUACGGUGAAGACGGAAGAGCUGUCGUUCACAUCUGCCUUCUGCCUGCAGAUACAGCGAAAUGACUACGUCCACGCCCUGGUCACCUAUUUUAAUAUUGAAUUUACCAAGUGCCACAAGAAAAUGGGGUUUUCCACAGCCCCCGAUGCCCCCUACACCCACUGGAAGCAGACUGUCUUCUACUUAGAAGAUUACCUCACUGUCCGGAGGGGGGAAGAAAUCUAUGGGACCAUAUCCAUGAAGCCAAAUGCCAAAAAUGUGCGAGACCUGGAUUUCACGGUAGAUUUGGAUUUUAAGGGACAGCUGUGUGAAACAUCUGUAUCUAAUGACUACAAAAUGCGUUAGCACACGUGGGAAGCUGCAGAGAGCGAGCAAGAAGAGAAACUCUUCCCUCCAUCUGCGGCUCCGUAACAAGGACUCCACGCUCGAAAACCAGAGUUUUAAAUUCUGCCUUGAAGAUUGGUGAACUCACCAGGGCUCCCGUGGGCCCUGCCACGGGACACAGAGCCUCCAGCUCCCCGGCUCUUCUCUGGGAGCCCUUCACUGAGGCUUUGCUGUCGCCCACACAGACCAGCCUCCAGUGCUGGGGUUGGGGCCCCGAGGAUGGGAAAGUGCACACGUAUACCCAUUGUCCUCCUUAACUGUGAAUCUCCAGAACUUCCAAGUUUUGCAUGCUGCAGGCAUCUAGGACAGACUGCUUCACUAGAACCUGGACACGUAGUGUCUUUGAUAGCGUAAGCCAGAUCACCCGUCUGUGCGGCGGCGUGUGCAUGCGUGCGUGCGUGCGUGCGCGCCUCCAGCAGACCCAUUAGUUUCUCUGCCCACACCACCUGUAUAUGCAUGCAUAUACAACCACGUGGGUAUACGUCUGUGUUCAUUCAGGGUGUGUGUGUGCGUGCGUGCGUGCGUGUGCAUAGAAUAUAUAUUACUCUCAGAGGAGAUUCUGUUGCUUUCGAAUAGGAAUUUGUUUUGUGAUUAGUUUCCCCCUUCCCCAUCCCUUACAGAUGUUAAGCAGCUAUGAAACGUUCUCUGUACCAGCUCUGGUCUCCUUUUGAUAGACUGUGGCUCUGAACCCUGAGCAUAGUACCACGCACUCUGUUGGCGCUCAAUAAAUGCACAUGAG